UUUUUUCGUUUCUUUGAUCAGACACUGUCUUCGCUGAAGUCACGUUUAGCCAGCUCGGGUAGCUUAGUUCCGAUCCAGCUCAACGAUCUUCCACCAGUGCGAUCCAGAGAGUGAUUCAAGCUAACAACCAACUUUCUUCGAGAACGAGAAAUUUCUUCGAGGUGAACUGAAUUUUGUGGCGUUCCAUUUUUAUUAGUAGCAUCGGUUGGAAUGCAAAAUUUCAAAUUUUUUUUGGUGUAGUGACAUUGUAAACUAUCGAAAAGCGACACAAUGGGCGAGAAAAUAUCGUCAAGCGUAGCCAACGGCGGCAGCUCCACGAAAACGGCUUCGAAAAAAUCCCCCUCCACCCCUCCCAAAGAAAAACUACCAAAGCGCAAAAGCAAAGAGGAAAAGCUGAACCAACUGUUCGGAUCACCGCCACCGCAGUUCCUCGGCAGCCCGGAACUUCCCCCGCAGAAGUCCGUCUUCGUAGCCUACGUGCUGUGGCUAUUCGGGGGCUUCUUCGGGUUGCACCAUCUGUAUCUGCACCAGGAUCGGCGAGCCUUCGUCUGGUGGUGCACCUUCGGAGGAUACUUCGGCAUAGGAUGGCUUUCGGAGAUCUACCAGAUUCCGGCCAUGGUCCGGGAUGCCAACGAGGAUCCCCGCUUCGUGGAAGAGUUCCGGCAGAAGAUUACCUUACAGCAGAAGCCACAAUUCUCGACGCCACGUUUCGUGAUGGGAAUUAUGGUCGGUUUUCUGUUUGGUCAGCUGAUCAUGAUAUCGAUACCGCAGGAGGUGUUCGCAGGUGUCGACUGGAGCUUUCUGCAUUGGCUGAUUCCGUUGGGAUGUGCUAUUGGUGUUUGGACAGUUGGAAACAUGGGACGGGAGAAGGGUGUUUUCUGGCACUGUCUGCUGGGAGCAUAUUUGUCUUAUCCGAUGCGGUACUUCGUACUGGAUGAAGCCUACUGGUUCACCGGAAUGGCAUUUUGCUCCGCUUUUGCUUUCGACAGCUUCUCCAAGCAGUGGAAUACGGACGUUCCCAAACGGAGGAAGCCUUUGAGACGUGCAGCUGUUCUGAUUCCUUGUGUCCUUUUAUAUCUAUCAUUAUGGGGAUGCUUCUUCUACUUCAACGGCACCAUCACCGAUUCCGACGGGGACGAAGUUCCGGUCCACGAGGCAAUCCACAACUUCAUCAAAUCGCCCUGGUGGACGGAUCUGAAGCAAACCAUCCACGAUACGGUACAGUUCGCCAAACACAACGGUUGGGCCGAAGUUUGGAAGCAGAUCAUCGACUCGAUGGACGCCGACGGGGAACAGAACGCGUACAAGGUGCUGGAUGUCAGUCCGACUGCAUCGCAAACGGAAAUCACCUCGAGGUGGCGGAAGCUUUCCCGGGAACACCAUCCGGACAAGGUGAAGGACGAAAGCUUGAGACGUGCGGCCCAGGAGAAGUUUAUGGAAAUUCAACAGGCUUACGAGAUUCUCAGCAAGAUCAAAUCCAAACGACGACAGAAGAACAAGAAAUCUAACGAGGAUCUUUAGGCGUUUGGAAGUUUGGCCGUCGAAAUCGAGUAUUUUAAUUAGACUGUAAAUAUUUAUUAAACAGUAACAAUAAAAAAUCUUUUCAACACACUAAAACCUUGAGUCAAAACUUUUAAAUUAAUGGACACGUGCUAUCA